AUGAAUUAGAGGGGUUGCCGGGCCCUGGAUUUGUCCCAGACUGAGCUGACAUUACUAAACAUGUUGCGGCUGGACCUUUAACCCAGGUGACAGCCACCAGUGCCAAACUGAGGAGUGGGCGUGUGUGUGUUGAACCCUGACUGGUUUCUAUAUUUAGUGUCCCAGUGAGUUUCCUGCUCGGCCCCCGGUAUGGCUCUGGCUUCUCCGGUGACACCCGGUCCGUCCUGGAGCUCUGCAGACUCCAGAUCUGUCAAGCUGCGCUUCAGGUUUCAUCUCCACCAACUAGUGUUCACUUCAACUGAGAAAGAUCUGUUCUUACAUACCGAGGAUCAUUAUUAUCUGGACCUGCAUCUUCACUGUAUCCUGCAUCUUCAACAAAAACUAUCGACUUCUGCUGCAUAGCGGUGCCAUGCUGGCGGGAGGCUGUGGAUGAGAAAGUAUGUCGUCAGACGUAUACAGUGAUGAUGUGGUGGAGAGGGGGUUCCUCCCCCUGGACAUCGACAACGUCCACAUGCUGCUGCAGGUGGAACAAGUACAGAUUCAGAAAAGGACCUUCACUAACUGGGUCAACGCUCAGCUGGCAAAGAGGAGGCCACCAUGUAUGGUCGUGGAUCUGUUCAAGGAUUUCUGUGACGGCUCCAAACUGUUGGACCUGCUGGAGACGAUGAGCGGCCAGCGCAUCAGCCGGGAGAGAGGCAGAGGGACUUUUCAGCACAGGAGCAACAUUGAGAAAGCUCUCUCCUUUUUAAAGAGUAAAUCGAUCAAACUAGUCAACAUAAACAUUCCUGACAUCAUGGAUGGUAAACCGUCCAUCAUCCUCGGCCUCAUAUGGACGAUCAUUCUGCAGUAUCAUAUCGAGGAGUUGGCCAGCAGUCUGUCGUUCAGCUCCCGUCAGUCUUCCAUGGAGUCUCUGGCCAGUCUGGACUCUCGCUCCACCCUGUCGAGCCGCUCGGCCAGCAGCAGCCCCACUCCUCCCAGAGGCUCGCCGCUGCACAACCGCUUCAGGGUUUCUGCCAAGAAAGCCCUCAUGCUCUGGGUCCGGGAGCAGUGCCACAAAGCCGGCUGUUCGAUAAAUGUGAAAGACUUCAAGGCGAGCUGGAGGAGCGGAGUCGUCUUUCUGGCGAUCUUAUACGCUCUGCGAUCCGACCUGGUGGAUCUGUCCAAAGCCAGAACCAGAAGCAACAGGCAGAACCUGGAGGAGGCCUUUCGCAUCGCGGAGCAAGAGCUGAAGAUCCCCAGACUGCUGGAUCCUGCCGAUGUGGAUGUCCGAGACCCCGAUGAGAAGUCCAUCAUGACGUACGUGGCCCAGUUCCUGCAGUACUCCAGAGACCAGCCGGUGCUCGAGGAAGAAAUGCAGGUGACACCUGAUCGCAAGGCACAGGAAGUGACAUGCUGGCUGGUUCAGGCCUAUGACGAGCUGCUGGAGGGAUGGGACUCCACGGAGGGAGAGAGCUACUCCGAGAGAUACAGUGUGUUUCAGACAUUUCUGGUGUCCUUCAACGAGCAGCGACGUCCCAUCAUGCCUUUGCUGACGGCGAUGAGACGAACUUCGAAACUGAGCGAGGAGCAGCGGGCGCUCAGAGAGGCAUGGGACACCCUGACAGAAAAGCUACGUGAAUACAGAAUCGAGUUAGAUAUGAGUCUCCCAGCCCCCCUGGACACAGUGGCGCGCUGGCUGUUGAGAGCGGAGGGGGUUCUGACUGAGGAGCAGGGCGACCCUCAGGACCACGGCCGGGCUGCUGACGAAGCCAGAGAGAAACAGGAACUACUCAAAGUUUGCCUGGAGGAGAUGCCCCAGCAGCUGAAGACCUUCCAGGCCUUCCAGAACCUGGACGAGUACGGAAACAUGCUGGUUCCUACGGACAAGAUGGAUGAGCUGAAGAGGAGGUUCACCAGUGUAAGAGUGACCGCUAAGUACCACGGGAUCAAGCUGGAGUACCGGGAGCAACGCCACACCGUUUUGGAUCUGUUGGGGCAGAUCAGGACCAAGCUCCGGGUCUGGAAGAGGCCUUAUAUAUCCCCAGAGGCUGUCAGGGUGCUGCUGCAGGAAUGGCAUGAGCUGGUAAACACGCAGGAGCUGCCUUCUAUGUUGGAUGCAGCCCUUCAUAAGUUGAAGCAGGAUUCUGAGAAAUAUUCAAGCAAAUCUGCUCUUGCUGCAGACUACCGCCACGUCAGUCAGCAGGUGAAGCAGCUGCAGGAGGACACGGCCACGGUUUUGGAGGAGGUAACUGCAGCCAAGAGCUCUAUGGGACGGGUGCUGUCCACCUGGGACUCCUACAGCGACUGCCUCAGCUCCAUGCAGGCAUGGAUGGAGCAGGGCUCUGCAACACACAGCCACGGCCACAGACCAGAGGUGACAUCUGAGUCUCUGGCUGAGUGGGGCUCCCGGCAGGCUCAUCUGAACGAGAUGGGUAACUUCCUGAUGGAGUCGACUGACCCUCAGACCAGCAGGAAUCUGGCGGAGGAGCUGCGCAGACUUAACAUGCAGUGGGCCGAGUUCGUCAAGAGACACACGUUUGAUAGCGUGGCUGAGCCCAGUGCUGACGCCCAGGCCAGACCUGAGGACCUACAGGCUAUAAUCAGAGAAGCCACUCUUAUUCUCAAAGAGCCUCUGGAGACGAUGGCAGGUCCUCUACGUACCUACAGGAAAAGAAUACAGUUUAUAAUGAGGAAGAUAAAAGAAGUGGAUCUGGAGGCUCUGGCUCCCUCCCCAGAAUGCCCGAUGGAUCAAUUACAGAGACUGAAGCUAGCUAUACCUGAAGUAAUGCAGACCCUGUGUGAGGCAGAACAGGUGUGUGCAGAGCUGCAGCACAGUGUGUCGGGCCUGGACAGUCGCUUGGCUGAACUUCUGCACUGGGAGAGAGAAGCCAGGGAGCUCUACCAGCUGCUGAGGGCCGCAGAGCGACAGCAGCAGGGCCAGGACCCAAGAGCCAGGGUCUUGAUUUCCCGUGGACUACAGCUGGAGGGUCAAGUUGUGACAGAGGAGCAGGACCUUCAAGUGAUGGUGAUGACAAAUCAGAAGAGCUCUCCCAUCCAGUACCUCCAUGCAUCCGCCAUGCAGGACCGAGUGCGAGCUGCUGUUGCUCAGUCACAGGAAGCAGUAGGUAUGCUGAGCAGCAUAGGAGCCAGAAGAGACAGAAGUAGAAGCCCCCCAGAAGGACCUCCAUCAAAAAUCUUUAUCAAGGCUAAAGACAAACCUCAACAUCUGAGAGAGCCGGACACCAUGGAGCCAACUCAGGAGCCCGAAACACCAGACAUUUCUCAUCAAUAUCAGGAAACUAUUGUGCCAAAGAUAGUGGUGCAGGAAUACAGAGACGAACAAAUGACUUCUCCUCCAUUGCCAUAUAGCUAUGCACAAGCUGUGACGCAGACUAGGACAAAGUCGCCUCCAGAAGGCCAGGCUGAGGCCUACACAGUGACUACUGCAGAGACUAAGGAGCAAGUAUUGAUACAGCAACAACAGCUGCAGCAGCAAGAACAACUUGACACACAAAUGGAAAAAGAGCUAAAACACCAAAAACCCAAACAGAAGCCACCACAAGAAGUAGUGCAGGAACUGAUGCCUAAACAACCACAACAGCAGCAGAAGCAAGAACAAGAACAGAUGGAGCAACAUCAGGUAGAAAUGCAUCAAUAUCAAGCUCAAGAGCAUGUGGUCACACAUAUACAGGUUGAAACACAAGUUAAACAGACACCUGAGACCCACAUGCAGACUUCACCCCAACAACCAGCAGCAAAGAAACCUCUAAGCACCAAAGAGCUUCAAAGCAGAAAGGCUCAGGCCAUGAAGAACCGGCCCUGGCUUCAGAAACAAGGCUCAGGAGAGCAUAAAACUCCAGCUCCAAAGGCAGACCAGGACUCCACUCAGAAACCAGUCCAGACUACACAGCCUGAGGCACAUGCUAAGGCUCCUAAACAACCACAAAAACAGCAAAAGAAGCAACAAACACAAACACAGAAGCCUAAAAAUCUAGAGCAGCAGCAAAAACAACUUCCAAAACAACAGCAAAAGCAACAGGAAGAAUUGUUGCAGCAUCAACAACUACAGGAACAACAAAAACAACCACCGCCUAUUGUAAAACAGGAACAACCAGAUUCAGACGCAAAGGCUAAAUCCCAGACUGCAACUAUGGUUCAGCCUCACCCACAAACAAAGGCUCAAAGUCAGUCAAAACCUCAAACUAUGGUUGAAUCUAAAUCUCAGGCAGUGGUUCAAGUGCAAGUGCAGUCCACAAGUGUGUCCCACACCACUACAGACAGUCAGCAACAACUGAAGACCAUGUCACAAACCACAGUGAGCCAAGGUCAAUCACAGACACAAGUUCCUCCACAGCCCCAUGGUCCUGUGAUUACACAGUUAUCGACCCAGACACAGCCACAGCCACAGUUCCAGCCCCAAGGUCCAGUUCAGUCACAGACACGCACCCCAGCUGGGCCUCAGCUGUCUAUGCAGCCACAGGGUCAGCUCCAAGCUGUUGCCCCUGGCCAAGCUGUGGCUCAAGUGCAGGCAUGGGCUCAAGUCAGACCUUCAUCUCCAAUGCAGAGCCAAAUUCAGCCUCCUUUGCCAUCCCACAUUCAGCUUCGUAGUCAUCCACAGUCAUGGGCCCCUGUCAGACCACCCUCCCCAAAGCCACCUAUACAAACUCAGGCCAAAACUCACACUCAGUCAAUAACGAUGGCUCAAACCCAUGUCCAAGUGAUGGCUGAUCCUCAAACUCAUGCUCAGUCAAUCUUGCAUUCUCAAAGCCAACCUCAGUCCAUGGCCCAGGUUCAGACUCAUCCUCAGUCAAUGGUCCGGGGUCAAACCUAUCCUCAGCCAAAUACCCAGCCUCAAAUGCAUGCUCAGUCCAUGUCCCAGGCUCAAACCCAUGUUCAGCGUAUGCCCCAGCCUCAUACCAAUGUUCAACAAAUGACACAGCCUCUAAUGCAUACUCAACCAAUGGCUAAAUCCCAAGUUCCAACUGCCCAGUCUCAAACCCUUGCCCAGCCAAUGGCCCAAACAAGUCGUACCCAAACUUUGACUCAACAUCAAACCCAAGCUCGACCUGUUGUCCAGCCUCAGCAUCAUUCUCAUCCUAUGACUCAGUAUCAAACACAUCCUCAGCCCGCAGCCCAGCACCCAGGCCAUGUGUCCCAGGGCCAACUGCAGGCUUGGACUCAAGUCAGAACCUCAUCCCCAAUGCCUAUCCAGCGUCCACAGGCUACGGCACAACCCCAGCUCUACCCCCCGGGUUACUCCCAGGCUCACUCUCCAUCUCAAGCUCCACAGUCUCAGGGUUAUCCAACAGCUCAGGCUGUGCCACAGUGGGGCCAAGCUAGGCCCCAGCAAGGACCUCAAAUGGGGCCCCCUGGGUAUUCUCACAUGGGGCCAUCAUAUACUCAGCCUCAGUUGCAGCAACAAACACAAACCCAACUUUGGGCUCAAGCACAAACCCAAAUGAGGCCCCAGAGUCCCAUGCAACAACAGCCUCAGAUGAGCGCUUAUAAUAUGGUUCAUAUCCAGACACAAAAAGGCCAAGUUCAGCAACAGACCUGGAUGCAGGCUCCACCACAUCUCCAGCCCCAGCCUUAUCCCCAGGCCCAGCAAUAUUCACAGGUUGAGCAUCAGUCCCAAACUCAGCGUCACCCUCAGCCUCAUAUCCAAGCUCAAAUACCUCCUCAAUCACAAACACCACACCAUCCUCAGCGUCCUGCACAGCUCCAGCUCCAACCUCAGCUGCAGGCUCAGUCCCAAACAUACAUUCAGACACAGCCAUCUGUACAAUCAAAUCUUCAGGCCCAGACUCAGCAGCCUCAGCUCAAGCCUCAGUUCCAGCAGGCACCUCCACAAACCAAACCUCAGGCCCAGCUACAACCACAGCUGGAAAUUCAGGCACCAACUCAAUCUAAAGCUGAAUCACAGCCACAGCCCAAACAAUUGGUCCCAUUAGCACUACAACCUGAAGUUAAAUCACCAACUGAACCUAAGGUUCAGUCACCAACCCAACCCAAAGCUGAAAAGCUGCCACAACCCAUACCUGAGUCCCAGUUACCACCACAACCCAAGGAUCAGUCACCAACCAAACCUGAGGCUGAAUCACCACCACAACCCAAACCAGAGGCCCAGAUAGCACCACAACCCGAGGCUCAAUCACCAGCUCAACCCGAGGCUCAAUCACCAACCCAACCCAAUGCUGAGUCACUGCCUCAAUCCAAGCCUCAAUCACCCCCACAAGCCAGCAUCCAGACCCAGCCACUUCCACAGUCAACACCUCAAACCCAGUCUCCUCUGCAACCCAAACCUCAACAGCCGCAAACCAUUCUCCUCUCCCAGGUCAAUGUGUUGCCUCAGGCCCAGGCUGACUCGCCAGACCUCUGCAUCAAACCUCUGGCCCUGGCCCAGGCACCUCCCCAGGCCUACACAGAGGCUUACGCCAAAGCCCAAGCUUUGGCCAGGAACGGCUUUGAGGAGGCCAAGCACUGCCUGCAGGAGCACAUCCUGGAAGCCAUCAAUGUCUUCAAAGACAAACGUAUAUCAGCUGAUCAAGCAUCAGUGAAAGAGGAGACUCUAAGGGCCCUGGAUCCAGAGUUGCUGGAGGAGUUCCUGAGAGCAGCCGAGGGCAUGGAGGCCUUCUGUACCCCUUCACAGCUCAGUGACAUGGAGUUCUUCACCCAGUCUGUCAGGUCACAGUGGGAGGCUUGCUUCUCAGCGGACGGCAGCCUUGCCCAGGCAGAGCAGCACCUGGAGGCCUUGAAUGAGCUGUGUGACACGCUGAGCCCUGAGGAUGCUCACCGCCUGGCCCAGACUCAGCUGAGGGAAUGCGAGAAGAGACUGGCUGCCAUCCAGCGUCAGUUCAGCGGAGACCAAGAUGCACCACUCCCUGAUACAAGGAUUCCUGUUGUCUUCGGUGAAGAUCUGACCCCCAAAAAGGAGCCUACAGGACCAAGUGACAAGCCUCAGGUCACAGCUGAGGUGUCACAAGUGACAAUGAAGACAGUCACUGUGGAGAGGAGGGAGGUUGAAAAGCAGACAUCUGUAGAGGAAGAAGUCAACAAAAAGGAGGUUUUAGAAAGAUAUGAGAAUUGUAAAAGGACUCUGCAAGCCCAGCUGGCUAAAAAUGAACAGAGCAUCAAAGAUGUUCCCUCGGACUCCGUCUCUCUUAAAGGCCUGCACACACGGCUCCAGGAAAUACAGUUUCUGAGGCAGGAAACAGAGUCUCUGUGGUCAGAGUAUGCAAACCACUGCUCCCAGUGUUCCCAAUUGAGCGGGAACAAUGGUCUGGAGCAGGAGAAGGUGGAGCUGAAUGAGCAGUGGCGCAGCCAACAGUCCAACCUUCAGAGGAGAGGCAGCUCGCUGGGUUCCGCCCUCAGACAGAUCGACUCCACCGAGAACCACAUGGUGGACUUCACGGAUCGUCUGGACCGCUACUUGAGGCAACCCAAAGACAUCACCGCCUUCACACUGUCCAAUACCAACAUGCUGAAAGACAUCAAGGAACUUGAUGACAAUAUCCAGAGUGAACUGGACCAGCUGUCCCGUCUGGACCCUGAAUCCAGCAACCUGGACCCCAGAGACUGCUUCCCUCUGUCCCGUGAAGUCAGGACCCACAGAACCAGCCUGGAUCAGCUCCGACAGCAGGUCCGGAAGAGUGAAGCAGCUGCUCGUGCCCUUGACCGCUUCCUCAUGUCACUUCGCACUGUAGAUGAAGACAUCUCUGGAGUCCAGGGUGCCCCAUGCAGCGAUGCUGUGGUACUGCAAGAGUGCCGCUCCAAGCUGGGUCUGAUCAGACAGAGCAUUGACAGUCUGAAAGACAAGGCGCCUCAGCUGGAUCUGCUCCUGCAGGGGGCCAGGCUGACAGUCACCAGGGAUGGUGUUCCAGCGUCCUGCCUGGACAUGGUGAGCGCUCUGCUGAGGAAGCUGGAGGAGGCUGACAGUGGGCUGGUAGGCCAGCAGAAGAGCCUCAAGAAGGAGACCCAGAGUAAGUCCCUGGGCCUGAGGAAGAGGACGCUGCUGGGGGAGCUGAAGAAGCUUCAGGAUACCAUUGAAACUCGAGGCCUGAAGGAGCCCACCAUGCCUGCUGUGCAACAGAGGCUUCGUGUCCUGUCAGAUUUGGAGGGUCAGCUGCAGGCUCAGAACUCAGAGCUCCAGAGCCUCCGUGAACUCCAAGAGGGGCAGGAAGGAGAAGAAAACCCCCUUCAGGAGCUGGAGACUCAGUAUGAGGAGACUCAGAGCACUUUGACUGACAGGAAGCAGCAGUGCAGCGUCCUGGUGGAGCUGCUGAAGAAGUUCCAGAGCUGCCGAAGCCACCUGAGCAACACCAUGCAGAGAGCAGAGCAGACCAUCAGUGAUCAGGCCUCCUACAUGGGCAAGGACAACCUGCAGAGAAGUAUAACCAAGGUCAGUGAUAUUAAGGAGGAGCUGAGCGGCCUCGGGGAGCGUAUGGAAGAGAUGAGGGGUGUUUGCAGGCAGCUCCAGUCCCAACUGAAGAAGUUCCCAGACUGCAGCGAGACUCCGUUCGAGGCAGAGGCUGAUACAAUGAUGGACAGCUGGCUGGAUGUGACUGAGAAGACAGAUGCAUACAUGGAUAACCUCCGGGUGGCACUGGAGGUGUGGGAGAAGCAGCUGAUUAUGGGGGGAGAGGUAGACAGCUGGGCAGGAGCCAAACUGGUCCUGUUCUCAGAGAGCCACCCCUUCAAUAACGAGCAGCAAGUACUUGCCAUGAGGGAUGAUAUCCAGCACAAUGAGGAGAACAUUGAGCAUUUCCACAAGAAGUCUGUAGAAAUCCAGCAAAUGCUGCAGACUCAGGAGGCUCCACUGGAGCUGCAGGUGAUGGAAAGCCAGCUGAGGAAGAGGAUGGAGCAGGUGAAGGAGCUGUUUACCGACUGCACUGAUGUCUUUGAGGAGCUGAUAGCUGUGAAGAAACACCUGGCCGAGAAGAUGGAGGAGUGCCAGUCAGCUAUAGAGAAUAUCCAGUGUUCUCUCAGUAAGGUCGAUGCUUCAGAGCCAAACGUGGAAACUAAGAUUCAGGAUCUGUGUGAUGAUCUGGAGGCUCAGGAGGACCAGGCUGAGGCCGUGCUGAAGGAGGUGGGUUUGGUUUCCAGUGUGGCUAGUCCUCAGGUGCUGGAGGCGCUCUCAGUGGACUGCAGCAGACUGAAGGAGGCCAUCUCCCGCACCAAGGACAUGAUCCAUCUGAAGAGAGAGGAGAGGGACAAGGGUCUUCUGAAGGUUAUCAAAGAUGAAAGACAGUCAUUUGAGGAAUGGUUCCAGGACUUGCAACUGGCCGUCAAUGAGUGCUUUGAGAACCCUGAGAGCAGAACAUUUGUGGAAACAUAUCUGCAAAGACUCACUAGCUUCUUAAAAUCUAAGGAUGCAGAGAGACGUUUGGACCAGCUGAGAGGUCAGCUGGAGAGAGGCGGCGAGCAGAUUCCUCCUCAGCAGCUCUCUGAGCUCACAGACUGGCUGAGGGAGCAGCAGGAGGAGGUGGCCACAUUCAGAACCCACUGCCACAACAGGCAGACACAAAUGGAGUCUCUCCUUAGCGACUUGAACAGUCUACAGAAGCAUCACAGUAGCUUCUGUGAGUGGCUGCAGAGCAGAGAAAAACAGUCCGUGGAGUCAGACAAAGUCAAACAUCUUCUGAAAGACCUUCAGGACGAGAGUCAAAGAGCCGACACCCUCAGCGAGCUGUUAGCAUCAGUACGCAGACAAGGCGUCAGAGCUGACAGCAUCCUGAAGGAAGGAGACAACCUGAUACAGCGGUACCAAAACCUGGAGUCCAAGCUACAGAAGCAGGCAGAGGCCCAGAGCGCCCUGGAGGGAGAGUUUGAGAAGUUUAAUACCCAGGCUGAGAGCACCAGGGCCUGGCUCAAAGACCUCCUGCAACCCCUCACCUCUCUUGGCAGAGACUCCCAGACGGAAGAGAUGAAACAAAAAGCACAGGCCAUCCUGAGUUCCAAACCCGAGGGAGACUCUAUGGUGAACAACCUGAGAAGACAAAGCCAGACUCUGUGUGAGCACAAGGACCUGGAGGAGAGCAAGAAACAAGAAGUCCAUCAGUCAGUCAAGGAUACAGAGGAGCAGUGGAGGAGAGUCCUGCAGGCUGCUGAGGAGGCUCUCAACAAGGCAGAAACACAAGAACUUCUAGACAAAGACCUGGACUCUUUCAAAACCGAGAAUGAAAGUGUCCAGUCUUGGAUCAGAGACCAGGAUCAGAACCUCCAGUGUCUUGGUGGUCACAUGCAAAUUGAAAAGAAGCUACAGAUUGCACAAGCUACUCUGAACUCUAAGGCUGACGGAGAGUCAAAGCUCCAGGACCUGAAGAGACGCUGCCAGAGUCUAUGUGACAACCAGGACUUGGAUGAAUGCCAGAGACGAGACGUUCAGGAAGCAGUGAGACACACAGAGGAGCAGUGGAGGAGAGUCCUGCAGGUUGCUGAGGAGGUUCUCAACAAGGCAGAGACACAAGGACUUUUAGACAAAGACCUGGACGCUUUCAAAACCCAGAAUGAAAGUGUCCAGUCCUGGAUCAGAGAGCAGAAUCAGAACCUGCAGUCUAUUGAUGGUCACAUGCAAGUUGAAGAAAAGCGACAGAUUGCACAAGCUACUCUGAACUCCAAGGCUGAUGGAGAAUCAAAGCUCCAGGACCUGAAGGGACGAUGCCAGAGUCUAUGUGACAACCCGGACUUGGAUGAACGCCGGAAACAAGACGUUCAGGAAGCAGUGAGACACACAGAGGAGCAGUGGAAGACAGUCCUGCAAGUUGCUGAGGAGGCUGUCAACAAGACAGAGACACAAGGACUUUUAGACAAAGACCUGGAUGCUUUCAAAACCCAGAAUGAAAGUGUCCAGUCCUGGAUCAGAGACCGGUAUCAGAACCUGCAGUCUCUUGAUGGUCACAUGCAAGUUGAAGAAAAGCUACAGAUUACACAAGCUACUCUGAGCUCCAAGGCUGAUGGAGAAUCAAAGCUCCAGGACCUGAAGGGACGAUGCCAGAGUCUAUGUGACAACCAGGACUUGGAUGAAUGCCGGAGACAAGAGGUUCAAGAAGCAGUGAGACACACGAAGGAGCAGUGGAGGACAGUCCUGCAGGUUGCUGAGGAGGCCCUAAACAAGGCAGAGACACAAGGACUUUUAGACAAAGACCUGGAUGCUUUCAAAACCCAGAAUGAAAGUGUCCAGUCCUGGAUCAGAGACCUGGAUCAGAACCUGCAGUCUAUUGAUGGUCACAUGCAAGUUGAAGAAAAGCGACAAAUUGCACAAGCUACUCUGAACUCCAAGGCUGACGGAGAAUCAAAGCUCCGGGACCUGAAGGGACGAUGCCAGAGUCUAUGUGACAACCAGGACUUGGAUGAAUGCCGGAGACGAGACGUUCAGGAAGCAGUGAGACACACAGAGGAGCAGUGGAGGACAGUCCUGCAGGUUGCUGAGGAGGCCCUAAACAAGGCAGAGACACAAGGACUUUUAGACAAAGACCUGGAUGCUUUCAAAACCCAGAAUGAAAGUGUCCAGUCCUGGAUCAGAGACCUGGAUCAGAACCUGCAGUCUCUUGGUGGUCACAUGCAAGUUGAAGAAAAGCUACAGAUUGCACAAGCUAUCCUGAGCUCCAAGCCUGACGGAGAAUCAAAGCUCCAGGACCUGAAGGGACGAUGCCAGAGUCUAUGUGACAACCAGGACAUGGAUGAAUGCCGAAGACGAGAGGUUCAGGAAGCAGUGAGACACACUCAGGAGCAGUGGAGGACAGUCCUGCAUGUUGCCAAGGAGGUUGUCAACCAUGCAGACACCGAAGCCACCACUGAAAGAGAAUUUGUUGCCUUCAAGAGCAACAAUGAAAGCAUCCAGUCCUGGAUCAGAGAGCAGAAGCAGAAGCUGUUGUCCCUCGGUAGUCAUAUGCCAUUUGAAGAAAGGUUAAAGACUGCACAGGCUGUUUUGACUUCCAAACUUGAGGGAGAAUCCAAGGUGCUCGACCUGAAGACACAAGGAGAACGUCUGUGCAAGCAGCUGGAGGAGAGCAGGAAACCUGAGAUUGAGCAGCUGGUAAAAGACACCGAGCAGCAGUGGAAAACAGUCCUGCAAGCCGCCAAACAGGCAGAACUCCGAAGUCUUUCAGACGACUUCGACAGUCAGAGUCAAAACACUCAGUCCUGGAUCAGAGACCACCAACAGCAGCUACAGUUUGUGGGCAGUCAAACACCACCUGAAGAAAGAUGUGACACAGCUGAGACUAUCUUGAGCUCCAAACCUGACGGCGAUUGUAUGGUGAACAACCUGAGGAGGCGAGGCCAGAGUCUGUGUGACCAUCAGGAUGUUGAAGAGAGGAGAAAACUCCAAGUUCAGCAGACAGUCAGAGACACAGAGGAGGAGUGGAGGGCUCUCCUGCAUGCUGCUAAACAAAUGGAGGCAGCUGCACAAGUUGAGAUCACCCAGGACACUGAGAGGAGAAAGAUGGAGCUGAGAGAAUUUAACACCUGUCAUCAGGACACCGGCCACUGGCUCACAGACCUCCAACAACGACUGGAGUCACUGAGCAGCCAAACCAAAGCUGAGGACAGACUGCAAGCAGCACAGGCUAUUACAAGCUUCAAGCCUGAGGGAGACUCCAAGCUCCAGCAGCUGAAGAGACAAGGCCAGAGUUUGUGCAGUCAGGACCUCGAGGAAGACAAGAAACAAGAGGUUCAGCAGACAGCGAAAGACGUUGAGGAGAAGUGGUUAAGAAUCCUGCGGGAUGCUAAAAAGGCACUGGAUCAGGCUGAGAAGCGGUGCGCUAUGGAGACUCAGCUGAUGAUCUAUGAAGCCCUGAGAGAAAACACCAGAGUCUGGCUGGAAGAGAGGCAGCAGCGCCUCAUCUCUCUGGACAGUCACACAGAUCCUGAACAGACAAUAAACACUGCACAGACCAUCCUGAGCUCCAAACCUGUUGGAGACUCCAAGCUGGCAGAGCUGAGGAGACAAAGCCGGACUCUGUGUGACCGAGACGACCUGGAAGAGAGCACAAGACAAGAGGCUCAGCAGAGAGUAAAAGACUCAGAAGAGCAGUGGACGACGAUCCUGCAGACGGCCGAGAACGCUCUGAAAAAAGCUGAGAUCCAAUACUCACUCUCCAGAGAGCUGGAAGCCUUCUAUACCCAAGCAAGGAGCACUAAAACCUGGGUUGAAGAGCUGCAGCAACGGGCCGACUCCAAUGGUAGUGGUACUCAGGGCAGCCAGGCUCAGAUAGAGGACAGGCUGAACGCAACACAGGCCAUCUUGAGCUCCAAGUCGAAUGGUGAGACUCAAAUGAUGGAGCUGAAGAGACGAGCACAGAGUCUGUGUGACCACGAGGAGCUGGAGGGAGACAAGAAACUGGAGGUUCAGGAGAAGGUCAGAGACACAGAAGAGCAGUGGAGGACAGUCCUGCAGGCUGCUGACGACGCACACAGGCAGUUGCAGGGUGUUGUGCAGCGUCUGGGGUCCUGUCGCAGCCAGAGAGACCAGGCUGAGGCCCGUCUGGCUGAGCUCCAGAAGCAGACGUCCAACCUGCCGCGUGUCUUCCCCUGGCCGGGCCUUGGAGAGCGGAGGCAGGUGGUGGAAGAGGCCCGGACCCUGCUGGACAAGAGCACAGCCCUGGCCCCCGUCCUGUCAGACCUCCACAAACAGGCUACAGAGAUGUUUGAGAUCACACAGCACCCCAGCUGGUCCGAUCCCUCGUGGAGAACUAUGGAGGAGUCAAUCCCUGCUCUACUCAAAGAGAUAACCGAGGCGAUACCUAACCUGGAGCAGGGAAUCCUGACGGAGAGGCAGUGCACCCAGCUGGUAGAGCAGCAUGAAGCAGCACAGGACUGGCUGAGAGAGCAGGUUAAAGGCCUGGGAGCUCCUCCAGCAGACAGACAGGGUCUGCACAGCGCUGUCAACACUCUGAAGGCUUUACUCCAGACACUGGACAGGGAGAAGAGGGAGAUGAAGGAGCUGGACUCUGCCAGAGACAGUUUGCUGAGCCUCUGCACCCCUGGAGGUCAGGAUGCCCUGACCCUGGAGGUCAGCCACCUUCAUGACCUUUGCGCCACCUCAGAACAGGAGGUGAGGCAGCGCCUGACGGCCUGUGAGGCCCAGCUGGAGGAGCUGGACAAGCAGCUGGCCAAGAGAACCGAGGAGCUGAAGGAGAGAGCUGCAGCCCUGCAGUGGGAGCUCCGAUCUCUGGACCAGGCGCUCAGUUACAGCGAGUCACAGAACAACAUCACUCAGCUGCAACAGCACUGGCACAGCCUUCAGAACUGUGAGAAGUCACUGGAAAGUUUGGGUGUGAAAGUUCAUGAGCUGCACCAGGAAGUGAAGUCUGCACCUGCCGCCAACGAGCUGCCGGCAGAAAUAAUCACCGUGGUGGAUUCUUUAUGCCAGCAACAUGACAGUCUGAAGUCCAGGCUGAGUGAGCGUCAGGGUACCUGCUCUACAAACACAGUUCGCUGUCUGACAGAUUCUCUACACGCCCUGCAGCAAUGGAAAAACAGCAAGCCAUCAGAGUCCGUCGCUUCUGUGCAGGUGACAUUAGACGAAGGUGAAAAGUUGCAGGCUGUCUUGCGGGAGGCGCUUUCUCACCAGCAGUUUCUAACAGACUGUCUGGCACCGGACUUGUUUGAGAAACUGGUGAGAGAAGGUUCAGAGACGCUCCGAGAAGCAGACACGCAGAAGACUUCUCUCAGCAAAAGCUUAAAGGAACUGGAUGAAAGGGAAAAACAAAAACACCCUGACGUUCAGCCAUCUGAUGUCGUUCGUAGCAAUCUAGAGGAGAUGAAGACAUCUGUGGUGGCACCACCACGGAAAAACAAGCGCUCAGCUGAGAAAAACCAACUUAAACUACAACAAAACAUUCCCGUAACAGACAAAUCUACUUCAGUUGAGACUGAAUUGUCAGCUUCAGCUGACUCCUUGCAAACUGAGGCUAAAACAUUUAAGUCUGCUGUGACAAUGGAAGACACAAAAAGUACUGCUGUGGAGCAAAUCAAAAUUGAAACGAGUCCAACAUAUGGUCCAGAACCUAUUACAGCACAAAGUUGUGACCACCCAGAGUUUGGUGGAGAGCAAGUUGAAACUGCUGUUGUGGAACAAAGAAAGCUUCUACCACCCAAGAGAAGGUCAAAGAGUACAGAACUUUCUCUUAAACUUGCUGACACUGAGGCACCACAGACAAAGGACGAAGAUGAAGGUCAAAAAUCUUUGAGUUCCAAUGAUCAAAAUAAAAGUGUUAUCAAAGAAACAAAGCUUGUACCAACAAGAAGAAAGUCCAAGACUACUGACCUUUCCACACCUUCAGAGCCAGUCGUUACCCAUAUUAGAACUACUGAUGUGGAGUCUUCAACUCCAGAUGUGGUCACAGGAUCAGCUGAAUUUACUGUUGUGCAAAAAGGUAAACUCUCACCAACCAAAAGGAGGUCAAAGGGCCUGAAAAGUUCUCCAGAACUUGCUACUGAGGAGGUGACCAUGAAAGAGCCUGACAGUGGGAAAGCUCAUUCAACUGCACAGGUAGUCACAGAGGUAACUGAGGCUGCUAUUGUGGAAGAAGGAAAGCUCUUGCCAACCAAAAGAAGAUCAAAGAGUGUAAAGGCUUCUCCCGAACUUUCUAAAAAAGAGCCGACAGAGACAAAGGAGGAAGCUGACAGUCAGAGGCCCUCUUCAACUCCAGAUGUGGUCACAAGACCUACUGAAAUUACUGUUGUGGAAAAAGGUAAAAUCUCACCAACCAAAAGAAAGUCAAAGGAUCUGAAGGUUUCCCCAGAACUUGCUACCAAAGAGGCAUCAGAGAUUGUGAAAGAGUCUGACAGUCAUACGGUUUCUGAUUCUAGAGAGCAAACUGAAGAAGUAGUUUCGGAAGUAACAAAGCUCAUACCAACCAAGAGGAAGUCAAAAAGUCUUGGUGUUUCCACAGCUCCAGAGCCGGUCUCUGCCCUUGGUGGAGCCACUGAUUUGGUGUCUAAGGAAGCUAGGAAAGAACCUGAAAGUGAGAAAGCCUCUUCAACUGCCCAGGUAAUCACAGGAGUAACUGAAGCUGCUAUUGUGGAGGAAGGAAAGCUCUCACCAACCAAAAGAAAGUCAAAAAGUCCAAAGGCUUCCCCAGAACUUUCCUACAAGGAGAAAGUUUCACCUGCUGUCCCUCAAGAAGUGCAAACCAUAGAGAGUCAAACUACGGUUGAAGGCAUCGAUGCCAUUCAGGAGAGUCCAGAAAAGAAAGUGGCUAAACCUACACAUUCUGACUUACAGGAGCCUAAAGGCAGAUCCAAAGAGGCCCCAGAACAAACCACUGCCCAGUCUACAGAGAGAAGUACAGUGCCUCAAACACAACCACCUCUCGAGUCUACUGACCCUCUGUAUGGGGCAAAUUACAUGGACAACUUAUGGAGCAACACAGCUGAGAUUCAGAAGAGAUAUUUCGUCCUAGACCUGCCCGACGUAGGAGUUACCCAGACUUCUGGUUUUGCAGCAGUGCAGCCACAUGAAGCAGAGACAUUUACAGAAAUAAGCUUAUCUGAAGAAACAAACAUCUCAGUUCAAACAGUGUCUGAAGACCAAUAUAUGACUACUGCUGAUGCCAAGUCAAAGAAGCCUGAGAUAGAACUGCACAGUAGCAGCAUGAUUCAGGAAGAGGAACAGGGAAAAGUUGACAGGUUUGAACCACAAAAUGUUCCUCCCCCAAUGGCCACAGCAACCACCACUGAAGUGAGGCUUCAGAGGGUGGAUUUGCCACAGCAGGCUGACAUUACCCCUGGUGAGGUAACCCAGGUGGAAGAACUACCCUCUAAGGAAAACCAAGCUGCUGCAGAAACUAGUGUUGUGAAGACUGCAGAACUAGUUCUUGACAUACCAGACUCUCCGAUGAAGAACAUCUUCUUAGAGAUACAGCAGCUCACGGGGACAGGACCCAUCAGUCAUCUCAUUGAGGGUAAACCACUUGAGGAUUCUCCAGAGGCUCUGAUAACAUCCACAAAUGAUCUGGAUGAUCGACUUAGCAGGCUGGUUUCUAAACUCCUGAGCUGCAAGAAUCGCCCAGCUGAGCUCAACCCAACAGCCAUGGCCCAGCAGGUGGAGGAGUCUCAGGAGUGUCAGAAGAAUGCACAGGCCCAGGUGUUGUUGCUCUCACAGCUGAGAGGAGCUGAGGCUGAAAACACAGAUGCUCUGGAGUAUAUGGAGGACCGGUGGAGCACUGCUGCCCAGGAUGCAGUUGCCGUCAUCCAGAGUAAAGAAACCCAGCUGCAACUGGUGACCGAUUACUGCAAACACACCCAAGCAGCCAAGGACACGCUGGAGAGACUGACGGCAGAACUGGAUGCUGUGAAAAUGUCCCCAGCAGAGAGCAGCUCCAAGGAGACAGAGCGACUGUGUUCCUUACAGAAAAGUAUGGAGGAGAACCGGAUGGUGCUCGGGGAGUUGCUCAUGACCUAUACCGAGUUGUGCCCCCACCUCAGCUGGUCUGAGCGAGCAACUGCAAAGAUUGAGCAGAAGAGCCUACAGGAGGGGUGGAGCGGCCUGGAAAGAGCUGUGGAGAAGUCAUUGCAUUGCACAAAUGUUCACUCUGACGAGACCAGCAGCCUUCUGUUGGCGAUGUCACAUCUGCAGGAACACCUGAAAACAAUCGACAAAGACUUUGAAGGCAAGUCUGUUCCUCAGUGGAAUUGCAAGAAGGCCCGGCAGCUGAUGGUGGCAAAUGCGGAGGUUAAAGGUGCGCAGCGAACAUAUCUCCAUUUGCAGCAGCUGUCAGAGGCGCUACUCCUCAGCUCACAGUGGAAGAAGGAAACAAAGGAGAUACAACAGGAGCUCCAGAGGGUCAAAGACCAACUUUGCCACACAGAGGAACUAGUUUCCACCCAAACUGACAACAGCAGUAAUCCCAUCAUGGAGAAAAUUAUCAUGGUGACGAAGGAUGGCCUUGCCUGGGCUAAGCAGACAGAGAGUGACAUUGAGGGCAGGAGGAAGAGGGUGGCUCUUCUACCUGAGGAGGUUCACCAACAGCUCAGGGAUCUGAAGAAGCUGCAGUCUGAGGUCAUAGUCAAAGAGGGUCAGUUGGAGUCACUGGUGGAGGAGGUAACAGAGCUCCUUCCACAGCUGGAUCAGGCUGAGGAGGUGCCUAUGGUGCGCUCCUCUCUGGAAUCCCUGGAAGAACUCUCAAAGUCCACCACUGAGAAGCUGGCCACGGCAAUGAGAGAGAUGGAAUCAGGCCUGCAGACCAGAGAAAAGCUGUCAGAGCAGAUUGCUGAUCUAGACUCCUGGGUUGUGGCUCACCUGCACAGAGAGGCCUCUAGGAGUGCAGAAGGGGAGCUCAGGAGCCCCGCUGAACUUGAUCGCAGAGCUCGUCAGAUCCAAGAGACACUGGUUGAGGCUGAGAAGCAGGCCGCUGUCUGUGAGGCUCUUUUAAUCAAGAGUAAAGACAUUGCCUCAGAGCUCAGCAUCACAGAGAACUGCCAGCUUUAUGACAAGCUUACCAACCUCCAGAAGAACAUCAGAGCCAUUAGCAGCUAUGAGGAGGCCAACAAAAAGGAGCUGGAUGAACUCAUCCAGGCUGUAGAUUCAAGCAAGAAAGACCUAAUCACAGUCGAAAAAAGCCUGAUGGAGAUGUUAGUAAAGCUGAGCGAACACAGGUUCCCAAUCACAAAAGAGUCCCUGCAAGCUUUGGAACCUUUCAAACACACGAUUUUGGAACAUAAGGCCCAAGUUGACCUUCUGAAACCCUGGAUUCCUCAGGAAAAGACACGGGAACUGCACUCACUCAUUUCUGAAAUUCACAGCAAAAUGGUUACCUUGCAAAUGAAGGCCAGAGAUCACGAGAUGUACCUGAACACGAGGCAGUGUGUGGAGGACCUCAGGGAGAGUGUUCAGGAGCAGGUCCAUCAGAGCAACGACAACAGCAGGGAGGUGGAGGAGAAGUACAAGAUCUGUCAGACGCUCCUUGUUCAGUUUCCUCUGAUCAAAGGUCUAUGUGAGGAGGCUGGCUCCAAACUCCAGGCGAUCUCCGCUGACCUCUACCCCUCACAGCUGCACACAGAGCAACAGAGACUUAAACAAAAUGAGGGGAAGCUUAACACCUGUGAGAUGACGGUCUACAACAACCUCAGCUUCAUCGAGUGGAGUCUACUGAAAGAACUGAACCUUAACACAGAAACAAAAGUCACUCAGGCCUCCCUCAGGGCGACCCAGCAGGAGCUCAAGACACUUCCUGUGAUGGAGCCAAAAGAAACAGCGAUUAAUAAGGAAUACAAGAGAAUCAUGUCUUUGAAGAAAACUGUCGAGUCAAUAAUGAGAGCAUGGGAGCUUUUAGAGCAAAAGAAAGGACACAAACAAGGAAGUGGAUCCCAGGAUCUGAUGGACUUGAAGAAUGCAGUGCUACAUGAAUGUGACUGCCAAAUGGAGAACAUCUCCCAGGCUGGGGAGUCUUUGAGGAGCUACACCUGUGCUGUUAAACAAGCAGUACAGUUCCUGAGGGACACCGAGGUCUUUCUGCUGCCGCCGCAGGGCCCAGCCGGACUCUGCUCUGAAAGGCUGGAGGAGACCCGGCAGGUCUUGGCUUUACUGGACCAGCACUUCCAGACUCAUGUGGACCUUCUCCAGAGCAAGGCUCCCCUGCAUCCUUACUUAUCCACCCAAGAAGUAGAGCGUCUCAAAGAGAAUAUUCUGAGCCAGCUCCUGGUGAGGAUGUCCACGCUCAAGGCAAAGGUCCACGUGCAACUGGAGUUUUUCAGCAGGUGUGCAGAACAUUACCAAAAAUACAGUAAAAGCAAAGAAGACAUCAGCCAGAGUGUGAAGAGCGCAGAGCAGAGCCUCUCACAGUUAAUCUCUCAAAAGGUCACCUGUCUCGCUGACUGCACCGACCAACACGAGAAGCUCAGAGCUCUGUGUGAGGACGUGGAGUCUUUGCAGAAGCGUCUGGAAGAGCUGAUGGAGUGGUGCCCGCAGCAGAGCUGUCGUGGAGGCAGGGAGAUCGCCGCCGCCGCUGCGUGGAAACGAGUAUCAAGUCUACGUCGCUGCACACAGGAGCUGACAACUUGUAGCAAACAGAGGAUUGCAGAAUGGAGCGAUAUCACCAACAGUGUGGAGAAGGCCUCUGCCGUCCUGCAGCAGGUGGAGGCGGAGCUUCCCGUUGACUCAGGGGCGAAGGCCUCCACUGAGGAGCUUCAUGACCUGCUGCUGUCCUGGGAACAGUACCAGGACAGACUGGACUGCGAACAUCGCGCUUUGUCCGCACUGGAACUCCGCAUCGCCAGGCUGCUGGGCGUCCCCGCCCACCUGGAGCAGGCCCCUCCCACUCCAGUCUGUCAGCAGCUACAAGCGAUGCAGGGCAGGUACAGCAGUGUGAAGAAGAGGAGCAAGGAGGGUUUGGAGACAGCCAAACUGGAGCUGGAGGAGAGGGAAAAGUUCGGGAAGGAGCUGCACGGCGUCCAGGUUUGGCUGGAGGCUGCCGACAGCCUUCUGUCAGAGAUGGAGCAGAGCAGCAGCACGCAGGAGCUACAGGAGGUUCAUAGCCAGCUGUGCAUCCAGAAGGCUUUGCUGCAGCGCAUCAUGGAGAACCUGAGGAUGAAAUAUUCUGACAUGUACACGCUGGUCCCCGUCGAGAUCGAAGGCCAAAUGCAGGAGAUCACACAGGCGCUGGAGCAAGUAGAAGUAAAGGUGACAGAGGCGGUGGAGAGGAGCGGUCCCGUCCACAGGCUCGGCGCCAAGCUGUCCGAGAUCCAGGCCGGCCUGAAGUCAGUGCAGAAUAGACUGGACCAUAUAAGUCCCACUGUGGCUGAAGCAAAGUUCACUCAGAAGCGUGUGUGGGACGAGCUGGACAAGUGGCACUCGAGUCUGGCGUCGCUGGAGGUGGACAUGCAGGACCUGGAGAAGCCAGAGGACACGAUGAUCCUCACAGAGAGACUGGUGGAGGUGCAGCAGCUCCACUCUCAGCUGGCCAAGCAGGCGGAGCAGAGGACGACCUUCCUCAGCAAGAUCCAUACUUGGCUUCAGGAGCAUCAGGAGAUGAUCAAAAGCUCUAAAAGCUGGAUGACUGAAGCUCAGUCGUGGCUCGCUGCUCCCUGCACCUACACCACGGCUAAAUGUCUGAGCAGCCACGUGCACGCUCUGAAGAUGGUGUUGGAUGACUCGGCACAGAUCCGAACCACCCUGCAGGGUUUCAGGUCAGUCCUGAAGGAAAUGUCAGAAGUCUGUGAUGUCACGGCUCUCGAGGAACAGCUGAUGGAAGCUGAUCACCAAGUGGCCGCUGUUCAAGACAACUUCAUAGCUCCUCUGUCUCAACUAGAGCACGCUGCUGAUGAGGUUGAAGCCAUCGAGAGUGAAGUCAGGAGGAUGGAGAAUGACGUUGCCCAGAUCAAGACUUUAUUAUCUUCUCCAGAGACUUUCCCCAGCCCCAGAGAGGAGAGCCUCAAGGUGGUUGAGGAGAGGAUCCAGUCCAUGAGGACGACCAUCGCUGAGAUCCAGAGAUGUAAACCAGGACUUUGUCUUCCAGAGAAAGCUGAAGAGACUCUGACCGUCUUUACUGUAGUAGAUCAGCUCCAGAAUCUGCUGCUGGAACUGGAGAAGAAAGUCCCGGCUUUGUUUAUCCAGCAGCCUCCGACCCCGAUCCAAGCCAAAGCUCCGUCAGUCCAGCAAAAGGAAUCUCAGCCUCAACUCCAAAAAUCCACUUCAGUGGAGGCCGAGAGGGAAGACACAGAGCAGGGCCAAAUCAGAAUCGUCCAUGUUGAAGAGGACGUACUGAAAAGAUCCGGAGCCCAGCUGCUGACUGUGGAGCAGAGCUCACCUGAACAGAGGCUGUCACGGACACCUGACAGUGUUCAGCAGCGGGAGUAUCAGCUCCAGGCUGAAGAAGCCGGUGAGAAAAACGAACCUGUGGUUAAUAUCCCAGAAGAGACUGAAGCUGCCACUGGACAGACUGAAAGCCAGUCUGGAGAAGACAGAAAGGAUGUUGAUGUCUCUGACACCACAGAAGCAAGUUCAUCUGAAGCUAAUUCAAAAACCCCGGGCACAGUCAGAACUCAGACCCUGCCUCAGAGCAUGGAGCUCAUGAGGGGACAGAGAGGGCUUGCAUGGAGGGGGGAUGACAGCCAGCCAGAGGGGCUGAAGACACACCCAGCAUAUACACACUGCACACAGGCUGAGGACUCAUUCACACCUGUCCAAAACACACUCACGAAGGACUCAUGUACACAUAGCGAGGAAAUCAAGGAUCUCACAGCUGUAAGAUCAGAAAGUGGUGAGGUAGACAGCGGUAUGUGGUCAGUGGAGACAUUUCAGAGCCUGGGUCAGCCAUGUUCUCCUGAAUCUGUAGAGUUAAAACCCUCUACGAUCCCUCUAGAAACAGCAUCAACCAUCACACUUUCACACGCAACAUCAGCAGAGCAAGCAGAGGCCUCAGAGCCUAUAACUGCCCCCGCCUCCACAUUCAGACCCCAGCAUCAGGACGACACUGAGGGCCUGCGACCCGCAGACGCCCCGACUCAACUGAAAGCUCCAGUUUGCUCAGGACACAGUUCAGCUCUCACCCUCCCUUCCCCUUUCCUCUCUUUGCCUGCGAUCCUGGAGCAGCAGAGAGGCUCAGUCAGGUGUCUUGUGUCCGUGUCCCAGACCCCGGAGGAGCCUCGGCCGGACGGGUCCCAUCCCGGGCCCCGCCGCCCCGGAGAAGGUGUCCUCCAUGUGUGUCUGGAGAGGGUCAGCCAGCUGGAGCUGUGGCUGCAGAAAGCCCAGGGGAGCCUGGUAGCCGGCGGGGCUGCCGGUUCAACCAUGCAGGACAGCGUGGAGCAGCAACUCCUCACCUGCCAGGAGAUGUUCCUGGAGAUCGAGCAGAAGGUAGCCAGCCUCUCUGCGCUCGGUCAGGCCACUGAUCAGCAGCAACAGCAGCAGCAGGAUGAACUGGGAGCUGUGGGAUCCCAGCAGGAGGCGGCUGAACUGCUCUCCUCCAAACUGGAACUCCUGAAGUCAAACCUGGUCGUCUUCCAGCAGCUGCUAAUGGACAAACAGGUAGAGGAGAAGACGAUCAUCCAUAAAGAGCCACAAGAACAGAUGUCGGUACCUCAGGCAGAGCGCCACCUUGAGCCGAGGUUGAAGCGCAGCAGCAGCGUUCAGGAGAUUUUCUCCUCACCGAGAAACAAACUGCUCAGACAGAGCAGCCUGCAGCAGCAGAAGGAGUUGGAGCAGCAGCUGACCGAGCAGAGAGGUUUGACUCAGGCCAUCGCGCGGCAGGGCAGCAGAGCUCGACUCCACAGCCUGGAGACAGAGGACCACAGCUUGCCGUCGCCACGGUUGCCUCCCGCUGAGGCUGAUGUGGAGGAGGACUCUGCUCAGAGGAAGUGGGAUCGUCUUCACAGUCGGCUGCUGGCUUUGGAGGAGAGCUGGCUGCUUCCUCCCUCUGAAGUGACAAACUCAUCUGGGAGGCUCGGUGAUGGAACAGCGGGACGUAUGAUUGGCACACAAACCGUGAAAGAGCUCCAAACUCACAUCGGACAUUUGACAGAGCUGGGACACGCGGCCGCAGAUCUUCUCAGUCGGGCCUCCCCUGUGGACGACGGCUCCCGUCAGACGCUGGACGAGGGUUUGUUCGAUGUUUUGUCCGGGUUGUCCCUGUCUCUGUCCUCCAUCAACAACCUGCUGCACUCGCCCGCCAGGACGACACAUGAAGAAGACGCACAGCAGAGGCUGCUACAGCUGCAGAGUCUGUCAGCAGAGCUGUCCACCCUGGGCAGCGAGUUGGCCUCUCAGGGUUCAAAGGUCAGCGGUGUUCUGGGGUCAGGGUCGGGUCAGCGGUGUGCAGACGACCUCUGCAGAUUCCUUCCUGUGGUCCAGGCUGCUCUGACCAGCAGAGAGAAGCAGCUCAGAGACCUGCUGGAGGAGACUGCGAAGCAACAGAGACUCCUUAAAGAAUUGCAUGCAGCCUUCACUUCUAACCAGACAACUGUUCAGCACAUAAUUAAUGAAUCCAACGGAACGCCGGGACUUAACGAACGACUGCAGGCUGUGGUUCAGAUGCAGGAGUCUCUGCAGCUGCAGGCUGAGCAGGUGAACUCUCUGCUGGAGGAGGCUGACGGACAAAACCUGCCCGCCUCUCUCAUUCACCAGGCCACACGGCUGCAGGGUGAGCUGGACGGUACACUCGGCGGUGUUCGCUCCCACUGUGAGGAGCUGAGGAGCAGCGUGGAGCUGCAGCAGCAGUACAAGCGGCUGGUCCACAGUCUGAAGGAGUUGCUCGAUGUGGGCUCUGAACGUCUCACACAACAGCCUGACACAGAGUUCCAGAGCAGAGCUCAGCUCCAGCAGCAGCUCAACAGUCAUACGAAGUUCUUCCAGUUCCUGGGCCACCAUUUUCACAUCCUGCAGUACUUGACCCAGAGAGUUCCAGAGAGCGCCCUCCAGAGUUGGGAGGGUGUAGUGACGGGUCUGCAGGAUGAGGUGGCCCGACUGCAGCAGCGUGGACUCGAGAGAGGAACCAGCAUGCAGGAAACCUUACAGAUGUGGUCUUGGUGGGAGGAGGACAGCGCCUGGUCCGACUCCCUGCUGAGAGACACAGAGACUUCAUUUCCCAAGAGGCAUGGCGGGAGGGAUCCUGAGGAACAGAUAUCAGCGAGGCUCUCUGUUUACCGGGAGCUGGAUGGCGUUCUGGAGGAGAACAAGGCGAGGUUCGGUCGGAUGCUGGAGGUGGGGCUAAGACUGCAGAAGGCGGGCUGUAGGGGAGUGGGCGUGGCCAGCAGCGAGCUGGAAGCACGCUGGAGAGCUCUGCACAGGAGGGUGAAGCAAGAAAGCGUUAACACAGAGAGGAACAGGAAGUUGAAGAACAGGUUUGUUUGUGGUUCUGCUGUACUGACCGACUGGAUGGGCGGCGCCAGAGAGCUGAUUGACAAAUGGAGUCAAAUCACCUCAGCCAAUGAGGACACAGAUCUCGAGCAGAGGCGCGAGCACUACCAUCAGUUUGUGGCGUUGACCAAAGAGAUGGAAACCAAAUCUGGACUAAAAGUGUCGGUGAUCUGCGCCGGCACCAAGCUCAGCGAAUCAGAAGAAGACUCCGAUAAAGAUCUGGAGGACGAAGUGACUCCACCACCGCACCAGACCUCAGACCUGGACCUCAACGCUCAGCUCAGACUGGUGGAGCUGAACUGGUCCAGUCUGCUGGCCGACGUUCCCAUCAUCCAACAAGCUCUGCAUAAGCGGUGGAUGGAGACGUUGACCCAGCAGGAAGUGCUGCUGGAGCUUCAGGUCUGGCUGGAAGCUGCAGAGUCUCAGUUAAAGCAACGCAGCAACCGAACCUCCUCCUGCACCAGCGCUGAUCUCACUCAGCUCCUCAGAUACUGCAAGGAGUGUCAGGUGGAGAUGUCCUCCCAUCAGGCCACACUGGACUACGUGAACCAGCCGUUACUGACGUGCAGUACCGACGACGACCAGAGGGGGCGCUACGAACACAACCAGUUCGCAGAGGAGCAGCGUCGUCUCAACCAUCAGUGGCUCAGUUUGCAGGAAACCCUCAACUCUGAGAUUCAGGAGGCGGAGCAGGAGCUGAGGAGCAGAGCGGAGCGGGAGGCCCGGCUGCAGCGGAUCAACAGCUGGAUGACAGAUCAGAACCUCUGGAUGGAGUCGGCUCAGACACCCAGCAGCCUGACGGAGCUGCAGAGGAGCAUCAGCACCUGCCAGGACCUGCAGGAGAAGAUCAAGCUGAAAUCUGCGGCUCUUCAGGAGUUAAGAGACAAACACGGCGGAGGAGGAAACAGCAGCCAGGAUUUUAUCUGUCAGACAGAUAAUUCCACUCAGACGUGCGCAGCUCUCAUGCAGCAGAAUGAAUCUGUUAAACGGAGGCUGAUUGAGGUGCAGCAGCUGUGGGACUGUGCGGAGAACAAACUGAAUGAAAUGAUGCUGAAAACAGUGAGAACGUCUCAGACUCUGGAUUAUCACAGCGGCCCUCCGUUCUCCCUGCAGGCACACAGACAUCUCCAUGAAAGGCUGCAGCUUCUUCAUGAGGAGACAGAAGCUUCGGAGGCAGAGUGGGAUGAACUGAGUCGGACCGUCUCCUCUCUCAGAGACAUGAUCAGUCCUGCUGCUGCUGCUCUUCUCACCCAGCAGCUGGACAGACAGAGAGACAGUUGGACGGUGGUGUCCGGAGCGUUGGACCAGCAGCUCCAGAGGAGUCGGGCCGUCCUGCAGGUCUGGGAGGUUUACGCUCAGCUGGCUGCGUCCUUCUCCCAGCGGCUGCAGACGCUGCAGAGCGACGUCACGUCUGCGCUGAGCCGAGCAGCCGAACACGACGACACGGCGGAGCAGGUCGCUGUCAAGAUACACGACGUUCAGAGUCUCCGGGAGAGGACCGACACUCUGCAGUCCGACCUGGAGGGGGUGCUGGAGGCCUCCAAGGACUUGAUUGACCACCUGGAACCUUCAGCUGCUAGUCUGAUCCAAUCAGAGAGCCGCUUGUUGUCACGUGGUGUCCUGCGGCUCAGCCAGACUCUGACAGGGAAGCUGGGUCAGCUGCAGGAGGAGCUUACGAGGCUGCAGGAGGUCGGAGACGUUCUGGAGUCACUGGAGAGAAACCUGGAGCUUUGGCAGCAGCGUCUGGACGAUGUGGCUUCUACAGCAGCAGACCAGACUGGCCUCCUGGAGCUGAGCGGUCUGUCUGCUGACCUGGAUGUGCUGAAUGAGCUGAGCUGCAGCUUGACACUGGGCGACGCUGCAGCACGACGCCUGCAACGUCUCAACCACCGCUGGGCCGACGCCUCCGCCAGAGCCGAGGAGGCCUGCAGUGAGCUGCAGAUGGAGGCUCUGAGGCAGCAGAGCUUUGAGCAGAAGUGUGAGAGCUGGAUGUGUUUCCUGCAGAGGAUGGAGGACAGUCUGGCCGUAGACGUGGCCGGCUCUUACGUCGGCCUCAGACAGCAGCUCUGCACACACAAGCGUUUCCAUGCAGAGCUGUCUACCGGUCACCAGAUCCUUCAUUCAGUCAUCACUGAAGCUCUUCAUCUGCUGCAGAAAGGAGAGGUGGAGGACAGGAGCGACUUCAUCCUGAAGCUGGCUCAGCUCAGGGAGCACUGGCAGGGUGCGGUGCAGCGGGCGGACCAGCGGCGCUCUUUAGUGGAAGGGUUGGUAAAACACUGGCACCUGUACAGCCGCAGCCUGAGGAAGCUGCAGAGGUUCCUGUCGGACACUCAGACCCUCCUGCCCCCCGCGGGGCCGCCCCGCUGCAGCCUGCAGCAGCUCCGACGCUCCCUGCAGGACCUCCAGCACACAGAGCUGUUGUUCCAGAGGUAUCAGUGCAGCUUCAUCCACACUCUGGAGGUCGGCCGGCAGCUCUUCUCCAUGGGGGACGAGGAGACCCAGACUCAGCUCCAGGCGGAUCUGGGGACCUUGCAGGAGGAGUGGGACAACCUCCACAGCCUGCUGGGCAGGAGGAUGGACCUCACCGAGGCUAUCGUCAAGAACUGGGAGCGCUGCGAGGCCGGACUGGCAGACAGCGUGCUGCAGCUGAAGGACGUGAAGACCAGGCUGAACCAGUCGAUGCCAGAGUGUGACGACGAGCUGCAGAACGCUGAGAAAUUCAACAAGGAGAACGAGGACUCCCUGGAGGACUGGGCUGAGAGCCUGACGGAGCUGAGCACCAUGAAGACCGAUCUGUCCCAGUACAUCAUCGCGGACGACGUCCUGCUGCUGCAGGAGCAGGUGGAGCACCUGCACUGCCAGUGGGAGGAACUCUGCCUCAAGGUGUCUCUGCGUAAACAGGAGAUCGCAGACCGUCUGAACGCUUGGAUCAUCUUCAACGAGAAGAACAAGGAGCUGUGCGAGUGGCUGACGCAGAUGGAGAACAAGGUGGCGCACAACUCCGACCUCAACAUUGAGGAGAUGGUGGAGAAACUCAAGAAGGAUUGUAUGGAGGAGAUCAACCUCUUCAGUGAGAAUAAAACCCACCUGAAGCAGCUUGGAGAACAACUCAUCACCGCCAGCAACAAGACCAAGGAGACGGAGAUCAACGACAAGCUGAAGGACAUCAACGACCGCUGGCAGCAUCUGUUUGACCACAUAGAGGCCAGGGUGAGGAAGCUGAAGGAGACGCUGGUGACGGUGCAGCAGCUGGAUAAGAACAUGAGCAACCUGCGGACAUGGCUGUCUCGGAUCGAGGCGGAGCUGGCCAAGCCGGUGGUCUACAACGUCUGCCACAGCGACGAGAUCCAGAGGAAACUGGCCGAGCAGCAGGAUCUGCAGCGGGACAUCGAGCAGCACACGGAGAGCGUGGCGUCGGUGCUGACGCUGUGUGACGUCCUGCUCCACGAUGCCGACGCCUGCGGUGGCGACUCGGAAAACGACUCGAUCCAGCAGACGACCCGCAGCCUGGACCGACGCUGGAGGAACAUCUGUGCCAUGUCCAUGGAAAGGAGGAUGAGGAUUGAGGAGACCUGGCGUCUCUGGUGUAAGUUCAUGGAUGACUAUUCUCGCUUUGAAGACUGGCUAAAGACAGCUGAGCUCACUGCAGCCCAGCCUGACUCAGCCGACGUCCUCUACACCAGUGCCAAGGAGGAGCUCAAGAAGUUUGAGGCGUUCCAGCGGCAGGUUCACGAGCGCCUGACUCAGCUGGAGCUCGUCAACAAACAGUACCGCCGCCUGGCCCGGGAGAACCGCACAGACGCCGCCAGCAAGCUCAAAGUUAUGGUCCACGAGGGGAACCAGCGGUGGGACAGCCUGCAGAGGAGGGUGGCCGCUGUACUCCGCAGACUCAAGCACUUUACCUCUCAGAGAGAAGACUUUGAGGGAACUCGUGAGGGGAUCCUGGUAUGGCUGACUGAGAUGGACCUCCAACUCACCAACGUGGAGCACUUCUCUGAGAGCGACAUCGAAGACAAGAUGAGGCAGCUGAAUGGUUUCCAGCAGGAGAUCACGUUGAACACCAACAAGAUCGAUGCCCUGAUCGUGUUCGGGGAGAACCUGAUCCAGAAAAGCGCUCCUCUGGACGCCGUGCUGAUCGAGGACGAGCUGGAGGAGCUCCACUCCUACUGCCAGGAGGUGUUCGGCAGGGUGGCUCGUUUCCACCACCGCCUCGUCAACAGACGCCCGGUUCUGGAAGAGGAGAGGGAGCUGUCAGACCGCGACACGGACCUGGACGACUCACCCGAUCUCACCAACGGGACCUCCUGGAGGAAGACGAGUAAGAAAGAGGAGGAGGAAGAGGUUCCAGCGGUAGGCGGCGUCUCGGCCGGACGGCAGGCCAUGUGCCACCUCCUGGCGCCCCCUCUGGAGCGGUCUGGAAGAGAGACCCCCGUCAGCGUGGACUCUAUCCCGCUGGAGUGGGAUCACACGGUCGACGUGGGAGGAUCGUCAUCACAUGAGGAUGACGAGGACGCCACCUUCUUCAGCGCCCUGUCAGAUGUGAAGGUCACAGAGAGCUCAGAGUCGUUUGUUAAAGCGACUGUCAGGGCAGUGAAAGCAGCUUCGGUUAAGUCAGUGACCGACCCACCCAGCUGGCACCAGCCCGGCUCCCCGGAGAGGAAACGACUUCCCCGAGAAAUGAUCAGAGGCCUGAGCUCGUCUCCCACACACACCACCAGCACUCCUUUCCGCCAGCAGGGAUAUGCUAAGCUGAUGUCGGAGUGCAGCGGCAGCAUCAACAGUGUGAAGAGAGUCAAGCUGAUCCUGAACGAUGAAGAGGAGCUGGAGGAAACGGGUCUGACCAGCAGCACGGCCGACAAACAGACCAGCACAGGUGUGAUCGAGCGCUGGGAGCUGCUACAAGCGCAGAAGUUUGACAACGAGACGGACAUUAAGCAGGACCUGGAGCAGUGGCAGAAGCUGAACUCUGACCUCUGUGAUGUCACUUCCUGGCUGGGCAGGGUGCUGCCGGAGCUGGAGAGGCUGCAGAGAAUCGCACCGUCCACCAGCAUCCGAGACACAGAGGUCAACAUCAGGAAACUCAAGGAGAUGCAGAAGACUUUCAACAGCUACAAGUGUCUGAUGAUCUCCGUCAACCUGAGCAGCCGUCACUUCCUGCGGGGCGACAGCGCCGAGCUGCGGGAGCUGCAGGACGCUCUGAGCUCCGCCAACCACAGCUGGACGCAGGCCUGCGGCGGGCUGGAGAGCUGGGAGAGGAGGCUACACUCUGCGCUCAUGCAGUGUCAGGAGUUUCAUGAGACGCUGCACUCUCUGCUGUUGUGGCUCGCUCAGACAGAGAAUAAACUCAGAGCCAUAAACAUCAGCGACCUGUCGACCUCACGCUCCACCCUGCUGGAGCACAGAGACACGCUGACGGCUCUGCAGGAGGAGCUGCGUAGCCGCCAGCGAGACGUCUCCUCGCUGCAGGAGAUCUCCUCCCAGCUCCUCCUGGAGGUCACCAGAGAGGACAGCGUGGAGGCCAAGGAGAAGGUCCACGUCAUCGGCAACAAACUGCAUCUCCUGCUGCGACAGGUGGCCGCCGACCUGCACGCGCUGCGGGGAAGACUGGAAACCUGCUCAACCAGCUCUGAAAUGGACAGCAUCGGUCUGGGAACGCUCAGCUCUCCUCUGCUGCUGCAGCAGCACAAGGAGGAGGCUGGUCUACAGGCAGCUACAGUCAGACAACCAGCGACUAGAAGGGAGGAGAGGAGGGAUUCCUCCCCACACAGACCCUUCUUCUUGCGGGUUCUACGAGCGGCCUUUCCCCUGCACCUGCUCUUCUUCAUGCUUCUGGUUCUGGCCUGCCUGGUGCCUCUGACUGAAGAGGAUUACAGCUGUACACUGUCCAACAACUUUGCCCGUUCCUUCUAUCCGAUGCUGCGUUACACCAACGGCCCUCCUCCCACAUGAAAACUGCCACAACACUCAGCAGUGAAGUUCAUCUCUAACUUCUCCCGACAAGGAGAAGGAGGACUGAAGCCGUGACGAAGGCUGAAAUCCAAAAUGGACUCCUUAACAGUGUUAAGGUGCAAGUUCACCACCACACAAAAGACACCUUCUCCCCUCCACAAAAGAAGCACCGCCGUUCCUAUAUGAAGGCCUCAUCUUGUGUUUUUUUUUUUGACUAAAUUUUAUUGGUGUAUUUAAAAAUUUAUUUAUUUAUUCUCUGUGGAGCAGCGCCACACAUAUGAAAAGCCAUAUCACUGGUUUGUUUUAAAAGUUUUUAAAUGUAGUUGACGUCCCCCCCCCCACCGACCAUCUUCAACAUAUGGUGCAAAGAAAAGAAAUGUCUCAAGAUUUAUUUUGAUAUCUACAGUAUAUUUUCAUUUUUGUACUCUGACAAUAGUCCGUGGGAUCCAGUUUGGAGGAUAAAGGACAAUUAUCACCAAAGCAUCCAGAAAUUGAGGACUACGCUGGCCAUUUUCUACCACAGCAGCUAUUUUUACCUUUUUUUUUUUUCAUAGAAGGCAGCCACUUGUUAGCAUAUUUUGUACAUUAAGGAAAUACGGUGUGUUGUUUUGUUUUUGUUGUUUGAUUUAGAGGUAUUUAAGAUAUGAAGAUCUGUAAGAUAUGACCAUUUUUUAAAAUCCUGGCAGUGACUCAUCUGCAGACAUGCCUUUCUGUAGCCAAAUGGUUUUUGAAUUAUCAUACUUUUAUCAGAUAACAAUGUACUUUUAAUGCUGUUGUUAAUGAAUUUUGUAUAUAAUGGCAACUACUGAGAAAGAAAUAGAUAAAUUAUUGUUUCUGUGUACGAAUGUGUGUUUGAGUGUGGCACUGAAAACUGUCACACCUGGUCUAAUGAUAACUUUGAAAUACUUCUUUCUAUACAUUUAUACAGAGUUACCAUUAGGACAAUAAUUGCCACAAACAUAAAAAAGUGGCUGCCAGUACUUUGAGACAAAUAUUUUCCUAUGAUUAUGUAAAUUUCAUGGCCAGUGUUUUGGAGGUCAUUUUUGAAGAUUUUAGCAGGUAACUGAACCUGAAGAUUUUGCAAAGAUCCUCAAAUUAAAGCUGCAUUAAGCAAUUUUUGACCACUGAGGGGCAGAAAGAUUUUAAACACACUGAAACACAACCCUUUAUACACCAAUAGCUAGUCAAGUGCAUAAAGCUAACAUAUUAGCAAAAAAUAGAAAGAAAACAAAGAACAUUAUGAUCCUUCCACUGGUGUUCAUGGCCAACUGUUUCAGUCUACAGGUGCUACAUGUUCCACUUUAUUAAACGGCUAGUAGCUAACUUUGUCCAUCUGCUAUUUGGUCCUGGACACAUAUAGCUACACUCUGCUUGUUAGCUGAGAACAGCUAGCUAUGAUUUUUUUAUGGAGGGUUGUUAAGUGCCAGUGAGAUUCAACCAUAUUGUCCAUCUACAGCUGUAAAACCAAAACUGUGAGCUGAGAGAGGCUAAAAAUCUCUGUACAGCUACAAAGUUGGGAGUUCAUUCUCAGUGGUAUUGGCACUAUGAGCCACCUUUUAACACACUACACAGUCAUUUGAUUCAAUGUAAUAUCAAAAAUAUUGCUUAAUGAAGCUUUAAAGGGAGUUUUUUUUUGAGAAAUGGUUAAUAUUCAUGCAGGGGGGUAUUAGCUUUAUCUGGGAGUCCUGUGUCAAGAGAUUAAUACCACUACACAUCCUGCCUUUUUGCUGUUUAACAAAGAACACACGGCAUCAUCUUAUGUCGAAAAAAAUCUAAACUACACCCUUUAAGACUAAUUUUAUAAAAAGGUUCACAACUUACCAUACACAACCCGAGUUGACCCAUGGAGUAAAGCCCUGCAGGCAUCAAAACAUCAAACAGGUUAAAACAAAGAUUUUUUAAAAUGCAAUUUGUUGUUAUUGUUUGUAAUGUGCGUGUGGAAUUUACCUGAACACUGCUUUAAAAAACACUUCUCCCAUGUAGUUGGAAAAUCUAUAACGUGCCAGACUCGGAGUAGAACAUGAAUGUAACUGAACCUUUUGGGCAUCGAAUGUAGCUGUCUACAUGCACAAUCAAAGAUCAAUAAAUGUAGGUUAUUUACAAUGCUAAUAGUAUUGAUACUAAAUGUUACAGAGGAUUCUGUGUAUGACUGAAUUCUGGCUCCCUGUUUGAAAUCUUGAUCCUAAUUUGUACAUAAUCUCAGCUUCGCACUUUGCUCAGAGGUCUAACAGAACAUAAACGAACAACAAGAAGGUGUGUAAAGUUUGAUUUAUUUUGUGAACUUGUAUUUAUGGGAUGUAGAGAUUGUCAUUUUUGACUGACAAUAAACCGUGUUUACCAUGAUUUGCUGCUUUGCGUUUACUGUAAUCGCUGGGUUAGAGAAAAAUCCAGGCUAAGAGCUGACAGGUUCGACAGGCAAAAAACUUCUCACAAGAUCUGUGUUAUGGAAGUGUGUGUGUGUGUGUCUGUGUGUGUGUGUGUGUGUGAGCAUGCAUCUACAAGCCACAGACAUCAGGAAAGAAAGAAUAGUGAACAUGUAUCUGUCUAUUAGCAGUGAUAGGAUAAUCUGGCGUUAAGGCUGCAUUUACACUGGCAGACAAGUGGCACAGACUCAUGACUGGAUGUCCAAAAAAACAAUCAGUGGUGCAUUCAGGACAUUUCAUCCAAAACUCUGGAGCAUUUACUCCUUUGUUUUGUUUUGCCAUUUGGACUCGGAUGGAUGGUAUGAAAUUUUCCAAGAGAGUUGUGAUAUGUGUAAAUGACUAAUUGACUGUAACCACGGUAAACAAGCCUCCAAAACAAGGCUAUAACAGAACAAAAGUGAGUUCUGCACUGCUGUUCAUAUUUAGCUUUUUCUUCUGGUGUUAUUCACUAGAGAAGAUGCAUAUAUUAUAACAGAGAUGCAUAUAUAUUACAACGAAGAUGCAUAAAUUACAAGAUUCCAUCAUGUUUAGUUGUAAAUUAUAAAAAAAAAUUAGUUCUAAUCGAUUUUUAUACACAUCUUUAAAUUUAAAAUCAGACAGUGUUAAAUAUAAAUGUGCAUGAAAUUAAACUGGACUGUAUUUUUAUGUUUUACUUUCAUGGCAGCGAAACAAACACUGUUUAAUUCAGUAAAACAUGCAAACUUUUUGUUUAGAUUUGGUAGGCUAGCUUGUUUUAAAUGGUAACAUAGCAUGUCACCAUUAAUGAAGUUAGCUGUUAAUUAAAGUAGAGUUGUGUUGUUGUUUAUCGUGUAAAGUUAAGCAUGUUAGGAUACAAACGUGUACAGUUAGCAUAGUAAUAUGCUAACAUAUAGCAUAUUAGCUUUAAUCCUGAAAUUAAGGUUCAAAUAAAGUCAGUCAUUUGUUUUUGAAGUUUCAUGUCCUCAACUAAAUGUCUAAUGUGAGACAAGAGAUCUUCAUUUAAUUGCUAACAUGGUUAGUGAUAUGUGAUAUGAUCUUUUUCUAGCAUUUAGCAUGUUAGCAGUAAUCGCUAUGGCUGUCAGGCAUUUACUAGCUUUUCCAAACUCAUACUAUUGCAAGACGUCAAGAAUGAACUUUGAAAUUUAGUUUGUUGCAUUGCUGAGAUUAAGCGUGUCAAUGUUCCAGCCUUAGCAUGUUAUUAUUACUGUCAACAGCUAACAGGCGUCAUAAAUGCAUGUGUAUAGAUCACAUACGCAUACAUGUACAUUAAGUUAAUUGAACUGAGUAAUUUGAUUUAGGCAAACUGCAAACAUUUGUGGUUUGUCUUAGUUUGGUAUUAUUAACAGGGUAAGUAUGCAUGUCAGUUGAAAUGUACUGUAUGCAAUUAGAAAGUAAUAUUGUUGUUAUUAUGUUGUUAUUAUUAUGUUGGGGUAUAUUAUGCAUAUGGAGUUUACAUGUUAGCAUAUUGCCUUGCUAACAUCACAGUUGCUGACAAUAAGUACAAUUUAAUAUAAAGUAACUACGGCUACAGGACUUGAUAGGCAUCCUGUCAUCGACUACAUAAUACAUCAUGUAAACACAGCACAAAAA